UUUCAAAACAAUGGAGCACUUGAGCAAAUCCGACAAAAAUCUCCUUUUGGACAAAUUGACGCUUCAUAUGCUCGAUCUCGUCGAGCAGGAGGUGCAAUUGAAGAUUCAAAUCGAGAAAAUCAUCAAGGAGGGCGAAUUAAAUCUCGCCAAAACGCGCUAUACCAAAGGAAGCAACUCGAUCUCUGUCAUGCAACUUCCCACGGAGGACAGUAAGGAGUUCAAGGCUUUGUCAACUGUGGAAGAAGCCAAAAAUGACAUUGGAAGUCCUGAAUUUCGCUUAAACCGACAUCCCAUAGACAAAGAAGCUGGCUUUAUUGAUCCCUCGAAAUGGUUUGGAGUGUUGAUGCCUGCGAGUUUUAGUCAAGCAAAGAACGAUUUUAACAAAGGAGUUGAUUUGAGUGUCGAAUGUGCGAAUGUUCAAGUCGAACUGGCAACUACCAUGAGAAAUAUCGAAAGUCUGAAGAAAGAAAUAAAAAGUAGUUAGGA